GUUUUUCAGUUCUUUUUAACUCAGUUCCUUGAUUAUUAGAAAUUUUUGCAAAAUUUCGACCAAUGAAACAAGUUGCGGUUUUUAAUUAACGUUUUCUAUUUUACUUUUAUAAAUCAAUUAAGUGAGUUAGAGAAAACUAAAACAACCGGUAGGUGUCUGAAUCUUGAAAGAAAAAUCGCGAAAAAAAUAUCGAAGAGCAAAAUACUAAAGAAUGCUGUCAAACCAGCUAAUUAUGAAAGUAUCUAUUUGAGAAAGACUUUGAUUCUUCACCAUUUAAACUCUCUCAAAAAUUUGAUGAGUGUACACGAGUGUACAGAAGACCGAUCUGGAAAUUUGAACGUUCGGGCAUAACACAAGAUCGAGAAUUUUCUCUUAUGGGAGAGGUUAAGUUUUACAACGCAUGCUUCAAUCUUCAGAUAGUGGGUGACUCGAGGCCGCGACAUUUCAACAUUCACUUAAGUCAAACAAAAACUCUGGUCGAUGAGUCCACCGGUUUGUGCAGUACAAAGCACUGCUUUCCUGAGGACGAAGAAAAGGGUAGUGAUACUGAACAACGGCCACCACCGGCACGCUCAAUGUCAUUGGAAAUGGCUCAAGAGAUAUGUAGAAUGUAUUUGGAUAACUAUCUGAGUAGAAUUCCUCGAUUGCCUCAACAACGAAGCGUUCAUUACAAUAGUACGAUUCAAGGUGUGUAUGAUGCUUGUGUGUUCGACGUUGAAGUCACGGGAAUACCAUCAGUCGCUGAGGGUAGCAUUGAGGCGUUAAUGAUUGAACAACUGACGACGGACAGUACAAAUAUGGAAUCUCUUUACAAUAGUUUAAAUGCAGGUCUUCGAAAAGCAAUUGAUAAAGAAAUCGGACCGGUGGCAAAAGAAAUAUUAGAGGUUCAAGGUUAUGAUACGUCACUUAGUCUAGCCCGAAAUAAUGAUGAUGUGUUUGUAGUAUUUAAUAAUGAUAUUAGAGAUUUGGCGGAGUUGAGAAAACAAGUUGGUUUCGACGUUAAAAAUGGAGAUGACGUAAAAUUUGAAGUCAUUUUGUAUACUUUAUCUCGUAGUUUAUUUAUUCAGUCCAAACGUUUCGGUGUUUUAUACACCUUCUUCAGUGGAUAA